CUGGAGGGCGGGUUGUCACUCAGAGGAGACAUGGGCUGGGCUGGCGAGACAAAGGCAGGAAAGCGAGCGGCGGUGGGCGGAGUCUGAGUGCCAGGCAGUGCCGGCCGGUGUCUGGCCCGAGCGGAGGGGCGUGGCCCGAGCGAAGAGGGGCGGAGACUCCGGUUCGUCGCGGUGAGCUGAAACUUGCGGAGGAAGCAGCAGCCGCCAGAACUGAAAAAAACGCCAUGGCGGAGGCGGCAGCCGAGAAAGCUUACUACAGAUUCCUUGUGCUCUUCUUCAAUUGCCUCCUGACCUUUGGCUCUUACUUCUGCUUUGAUAUCCCAAGUGUUUUGCAAGAGCAGUUUCAAGGGAACCUAACCUGUCCCAAUGGCACGCACCACAAUGGCACAGGGCAUAAUGGAACUGACUGUGUGGAAGGCCUGGGAAUGACGCCUGAAGAGUACAAUCUUCUGUAUGCUAUCUAUGCCUGGACCAAUGCACUGGUGGUGAUCAUGGCUGGCUUUUUAAUUGACAAACUGGGAAAUCGCUUUGGUGUAUUUCUCUUCUCGUUCCUCACUGUCCUGGGAUCAUCCAUAUUUGCUCUGGGCUCUCACUUCAGAGGAACUCCGUACCUCUUGCCGCUGAUGCUGACGGGCAGGUUGCUUUUUGGCUCUGGAAAUGGGUCACUGACAAUUGUGCAGAAUCGUAUCACAGCCUUCUGGUUCAAGGGGAAGGAGUUGGCUCUGGCGUUUGGGCUAACACUCUCCUUUUCCCGGCUCGGAAGUGUCCUCAACUUCUUCUUCACCCAGCAGUUUGAAAGUCACUUUGGCAUCCAGUGGACUCUCUGGGGAGGGACUUUGUUAUGUGUCCUGGGCUUUCUUUCUGCUGUUGUCGUCAGUGUGCUGGACAAGGUGGGCAUGAAGCAGCUCGGAUUGGAUGGAGUUAUCCAGCAAGAAUCCAAGAAAGUGCGGGUUCAGGAUGUCCGACACCUACCACUUCGCUAUUGGCUCCUGGUCCUGACCAUCAUGUUUUUCUACAACGGGGUCUUUCCUUUCGUGGCGGAUGCCAGCAAGUUUAUCCAAGAUAAGUAUCCUGGCUACACCCAACAGGCAGCUGCUUACAUUGCUGGGGCGGUUUACGAUAGCUCCCUUGUUCUCUCAGCGGCAGUCGGCAUACUGAUCGAUUAUGUUGGACUGAGAGGUGUAUUUGCAGUUGGCUGUGCAGUGCUGACUUUGCCUGUCUUUGCCCUCUUGGCUUUCACGUUCGUUCCUCCACUUGUUUCUACCAUCUGGCUGGGCAUUACCUACUCCUUUGCAGCAGCUAGCAUGUGGCCCUCUAUACCCCUUGUGGUCCCCCAGGCAACCUUGGGAACAGCCAUGGGGCUUGCAACAUCCGUACAGAUGAUUGGAAUUGGCCUUUCUAAUGUGAUUGUGGGACGGAUUCUGGGAACAAAGUCAAGUGAGUUAAAGAUCCCAUUGUGGCGAUGGCAACAGAUGAUGGUCUUCAUGCUGGCAAACACCAUCGCUUGCAUUGUUGCCUCCAUCAGCCUCAACAUAGUGGACAAGAAGCAGGGUGGAACAUUGAACCGUUCAACAAAGCACUCAUCAACAGAGGAGCCUGCUAGGCAGCCUGUAGACACGGCCCCACUCCUCAGUGAGGUGGAAGAUGAAGGAUCCAUCAACUAGGAAGCCCUCUGUGGGCUACUGUCUAAUAUUUCAUUAAGGAAUCUAAACAUAAGUCCAACUUACAGUACCUUUUUUAGGCCCUCGUAUACAUGUAAGUUGGGCUUAUGUUAGGAACGAAAGGGAAAUCUUACACUACGAGGUUCUACAAAUCUGCCAUGUGCCAAGAAAGCCUGUAAUACUGCCUCUUGGGCACUGGAGCUGUUUAACUGCUGUCAUAGAAGAAGACUUCAACAAGAGGACAGUUAUUUCCAGCUCAUGGUUCUCCAGUACAGGCAGAAUUUUUCUCCAUGUUGUAGUUUGAAAAGCACAGAAGCAUCACUAAUGGAAGUCAAAUCCUACUGAAAUCAAUAGGAAUUCAGUGAGUAAAUUUGCAAGUUACAUCUUUAUCAUAUAAGACCCACUUAAGCAUUGGGAUAUUCAAAACAUGUCUUCUAAGAAUCUCUGCUGCAGGCCUAGGUAUCUAUCCUGUUAUGUUUGCAGGUAGUGUGGACAUCCCCUUCAAAUGUAGCACAAUCUCUUGGCGAACGUGAACCUCAAAAAGCUAUGGAAUGAAUAGGAGUCAAUAUUAUUUCAUGCUGGUUCAUGCCCAUGUCUUGACCUAAUCCGUUUUCUAUGACAGAGGCCCCAAACAAAACUUGGUGUGUAUGCACAAUGAUUCCUUGAUGUUAGCCAAAAUAACAAAUAGGAGCAUGCAGUGGAUGAAAAGAAAUACUUUACUUAUUUGAUGGUUUUAGAAUUCUUGACAAACGUAAGUGCAAAUUGAUCAGGAUCCCCAAUGGAGAAGUUUUCAGUGAGUUGGUUGCCUGCCUGCAAAUUCCUACAUUCUUGCAUUGCUGGGGGUUGGACUAGAUGAGCCUUGGGCUCCCUUCCAACUCUACAGUUCUAUGAUUCUGUCCUUCAGGCUAUUAAAUCUUGCCAAAACUUAUCCAUGAUUACAUUCAAGAGCUUGGUGUGGAGCCAGCAACACAACAUGUACUGGAAAAACAACUUCUUGGCUUUCAUCCCAGGCUUUUACAUGGAUAAUGUUGGCUGUGAGCUAUUUGAAUAACAUAUCUAUAAUACCAGGAGUGGUAGAAUCUGUGGCUGUCUAGAUUAUUGGUGGGUUAGCUUCCAUUAUGCCCAACUACUAGCCAUUCUGGCUGGGGGCUUAUGAAAAUUCAACAAUAUAUGGAAUACUACAGGUUAGUUAUCUCUGCUCUGCAGUAAAAAUUGUUUAGAAAGCAAAAAUUGAUGAAUGCCCUCAGUUUAAUAAGUUUUCACCUAGUGGGUCUUACCUAUUGCAUGAAUUUGGGCCUUGCCCAGCCUGCAAAUGCCCAUAUGCAGAGAUCGUCCACCAACAAUACCGUGUUUGGAGUAAAGUAUUUUUUCCAUACCUCCUAUGAAGUUCUUGCUCUGCUGAUGUCCAAAGAGUUGGGGCUUUUGUGCUCAUGUAGCUUUCCAGCACACACCACAUCAGUAUUACUAACACAGGACUGUUACGGAGAAAAUACUUCCAAGUCUUCCAAAAGGAAUCAUGUACAUCACUAAAUAUUCCUACUCCAGCAAUGGGGAAGGUGGCAGCUAUUACCAGCAUUAUUCUUCUUUGGUACUAGAGUUUAGUAAUGUAAACAUAAAUUUAUAGCAAAAGUGUAGGUCAUACUUUUGGUCAUAAGGCUACAGAAAAAUCUGAAGCAGGGCAGUACUUUGAUUCUUAGAAGCCUCAAGGAGGCUUGUCAGAUUAAUAACACAAGUUAAAAAUGUAGUUCUCUACCCAGAACAACUUCCAGUCUUUCCCCCUUUGCCACAAUAUCUCUUUUUACACCUAGUGAUUAUGUACAGGAAUUUCUACGCUAUACUGCAACAACAUUAACAGAAUGCUGAUUUUGGCUUGCUAAUGCCACUAGGAGAAAGGAAUUAAAAGAUUUUUAAUAUUUCUUAAAUAAUUUCCUUGAAGUUGUGUGAGCACACCAGUAUUAAAUCAGUAGCACAAGUUGAUUAACUUAAUGACAACACUGCUCAUUUUCAAGUACUGGAGUAUUGCUUAAUGUUGCUGAGAGGUCAAAUUAGGAACCAUCUGCAGGCAACCAGAGAAUUGUAUUGAAAGGCAGCUACUAUCUUCAGCUAAUGUGAGGACAGAACAGAUGGUACAGAAAUGAAUCCAAUAAAGUUAACGCUUCUUUCCUAGUGAUUGAAGACUGAGUCAGCCUUAAGGUAUUUUACUGCAAAAGAAACAUUCUGUUAGCAAUAUUAAAAAGUGAAGGAGGUAGAAAAACAUUCCCCUCCUUGCAUAGAGAGUAUAUAUUUAGAAAAUGGACUAUUUAUACUGUAACCUGCUACAAAGAUGUUGAGGUAGGGAUUAAGGUGAAAACUAGUCAGUAAAAGGUUUCAGGUCACUGUAGCAUAGCUAAUGACAAUACCACUUCACUGGCCAAUAACACACAAAAUAAAGUUCUGCGUAUUCUGUUUA